AUGCCAGGAUUGUCCUUCUCAAACUACCAGCGAAACGCGCAUCUGUCGGCCAAGGGCGUCAAGGUGCCGACCGCGACCUCCACCGGAACGACAAUUGUCGGAUGCAAGUUCGAUGGCGGCGUGGUGAUUGCGGCCGACACCCGAGCCACCAGUGGCGACAUUGUGGCGGACAAAAAUUGCGAGAAGCUGCAUCGAAUCGCUCCCCACAUCUGGUGCGCGGGAGCCGGCACCGCUGCCGACACGGAGAUGGUCACCCAGCUCACCGCGUCCAACAUUGAGCUGCACUCGCUGUCUGCGGGCCGACAGCCCCGAGUGGUCACCUGCCUGACCAUGCUCAAACAGCACCUGUUCAAGUACCAGGGCCACAUUGGCGCGUACCUGAUUGUGGCGGGCGUCGACCCCACCGGGCCCCAGCUCAUGUCGAUCCAUGCCCACGGCUCGACCGACGUUGGAUACUACCUCGCUCUGGGCUCCGGAUCCAUGGCUGCCAUGGCCGUGCUGGAAGCCAACUGGAAGCAGGAGCUGACCAAGGAGGAGGCGAUCCAGCUUGCAUCCGACGCCAUCGAGUCCGGUAUCUGGAACGAUCUGGGAUCCGGCUCCAACGUUGACAUCUGUGUCAUGGAGCAGGGCAAGGACGCAGUGCUGCACAGAAACUACCGAACCCCGAACGUGCGUGAGCAGAAGCAGCAGAGCUACAAGUUCCCUAGAGGCGUCACUGCCGUGCUGGACGUAAAGGUCCGAACCUUUGAUGUCGUUUCCACGGAGGUGGUUAUGGGUGAGGCGUAG